GCACUUACACGCAGUCAAGAACAAUUUUCAUUCACGUGAGUACUAACGCUUCAUAGACGACAGCUGGAAACUUUUCAGCAACCCCGCGCAAUGAUUUGCCCAUUGGACGAACUUAUUUGGCCAAGUUAGUUUAAGAUAACUUGCACGCGUAUCAAGAAGCCUCCUAGGCGAACGGUCGAGGCCGCGGCACCACAGCAUGGAUUUCUCCGAGUCCUUCCGCAGCUCGGGCCCGCACCCCGCGUUCUCUCCCGACGGUCGCUUUGUCGCUACGGUAGUGGAGUACCGACUCAUCAUUCGUGAGGUGGAGACCUUGCGCGUCGUGCAGCUGUACUCGUGCCUGGACCGGAUAGACAGCAUUGAGUGGUCCUGCAACUCAGCCUAUGUGCUGUGCGGGCUUUGCUCCCGGGGAGUCAUCCAGAUCUGGACGGUGGAGAGCUCGGAGUGGACGUGCAAGAUCGACGAGGGGCCGGCGGGCGUGCAGUCGGUUCGCUGGAGCCCCGACGGCGGCAGUGUGCUGGUGGUGGCGGAGUUCGGUCUGCGGGUGGCGGUGUGGGACCUGGUGGAUCGACGCUGCACCUACCUGCGCGGCCCCAAACACGGCGACGGCACCGGGCUGGCGUUCAGCGCUGACGGCCGCUGGCUGGCACUGCUGGAGCGCUCCGACAUGAAGGACUGGGUCACGGUGUACGACUGCGGCAGUGGCCGCGGCGGCGGGAGAGGCGGCGGCGGCGACAAAGGCGGCUGGGGCGAGGCGGCUCGCUUCCAGUUGCCCACAGCCGACGCCGCAGACAUUGCUUGGAGCCCCGCGGGAGGUGUGCUGGCGGCGUGGGAGAGCUGCCUGGGGGACAAGGUGGUGACGCUGGACGCCGGCAGUGGCGCAGUGCUGGGUUGCUACAGCUGUCUCUCUGGGGCCGGUGGCGGCGGCAGUAGCAAGGAGGGGCUUGGGGUAAAGUGUGUGUCCUGGUCUCCGGCCGGUGAGCUGCUGGCGGUGGGCGGGUACGACGGGCGGCUGCGGCUGCUGAACGGCGCCACGUGGACGCCGCUGCUGGAGGCGGCGCACCCGGGCAGGGUGGCGGCGCCGGCGGGGCUGGUGGUGUACCGCGAGGAGCUGAGUGAGCCGCGGCAGCAACAGCCCGCCAGUGCCGGCGCCACGCCCACCUCCGGAGUCCGGCCCGCGCCCGGCCCCCGCUCCUCCGCAGCCACCGCAGCCGCCGCCGCCGCCGCGGACCCCAACGCCCGCACGCACUACGCCAUAGACGACCUGCCCGCCGCCGUGCCCGGGGGCAAACCCGCCCUGGACGCACCGGGGCCGCCGCGGCUCGGAGUAGGCCGCUGUGUGUGGAGUGCUGACGGGCGCUACGCCGCCUCGCUGGAGGACUGCCGGCCGGGCUCGGUGUGGGUGUGGGACGCAGGUGCCAUGGAGCUGGCGGCGCUGCUGAUGCACCUGGGGCCCGUGACGGACCUGGCCUGGGGGCCGAGGGGCCACACGCUGGCAGUGGCCACGGGCUCCACGCGUGUGUAUCUGUGGACGCCGGCGGGGGCCUCCAUCAUACACAUCCCCCUGGCGCAAUUUCAGGCAUAUGGCUGCAGCUGGAACAACAGCGCCACCACACUGCUGCUGCGCGGGCCGGAGGCCUUCUGCUGCGCCUACCUCACCGCGUGACGUACGGCGCGGCGGUGAUGGCGUGGCGGUCACGGCGUGAUGGCGGUGACGCCGGUGAUAAGGGGCCACGUGGGGAAAGGGCGUCACAGCUUGCAGGGGAGACGCACGAGCAGGAGGUGCAAAAGCGGGAGAUGGAACAGCACGAGUGGGAGGUGGAAGAGCACGCGGGCACGCUGGCCAGCCGCAAUGCCAGCGGCAGUGGCAGCGGCAGGCAUGUGCCGCCGCUGGCAGCGGUGUUUGGGGCUGUCGCGCGAAGGCGGGGUUGGAGGCGUGACGGAGAGAAGCGACGUGCGUCCACGCAUUGGCUGCGUACAUGCAGCUGCUGUCGAUGGACCUUCGCACAACGCGUGUUCGUCUUAUCUAUGUCGCGAGCUAACACAUAUAAGCAGCUGCGCUGCGGCUGGGAUCGGGUGCUGAAGUGAGUUGUGUCUGAAUGGACGUGUCGACGCGGUGAUAGCUUGUCGCCUGGAUGGAGUGUGCGUUUGGUGGGCUGGAGAGGCAAUAACCCCUGCACGACAGUGCUGUGACACAUCCGGCCAUGGGGUGGAAGUGAUGAGCAGGUGGCUAUGUGGCAUGUGCUUGGAGCGCGGGGCACUGGCCUCCCCAACGGGUGUAGGGCAAUAUGGCAUGGGGCCGCUUUGACUUUUGGGGGCCGCCAUGACCCAUGGGCUCAACAGCAUGGCAAAGACACGUGCAGCACUUGCAAAGAUGGGGCGUUGCGGCACAAGAAGCAGGGCGAUUGGUGUUGCAGCAUCCUGACACCGCUGAAACUACGGUAACUGCAAGUCGUUGACACGUCUCAAGCAGCUGCGCUUCUUGCCAUAAGCCGCCCGAUAUGGCCGUUAUGCACACGAGGUCACGAGCGUAGGGGCCACUACGGUAUGACCCAAGCUUUUACCCACUGGUUGCCUGUUAGUGCAUCCCCGUGGGCCGCACUAAGUUUCAGUGUGUGCCGGA